AUGGCCAACUGCGGCGGGCAUACGAAGAAGCUCACGGUCAUGGGCGUUAUUUUCAUCGCGUACUGCGUUGCCAACAUCAUCGGUUCACAGGUGUUUCUCGCUCGCUCGGCCCCCAACUAUUCCACUAGAUACAACGCAAUUUUGGGCUUCGAAGUCGCUGCCCUUUUAUGCCUGUGUAUUUACGGCGCCGGUUGCUGGUACGAAAACAGACAUCGCGACCGCACAGAAGGCCCUCUGCCACCUGUGUCGGAUGUUGACAUGUUGGGAGAUUUGACAGACAAGGAGAAGAGAGGUUUCCGAUAUAUCUACUAA